UUGUGUUGUGGUCAGUAGACCACGCCUCCGCGCUCAUACAGUGAGUAAUAUAGAGGAUCAGAAACAAGAGCUGAACUGUUGAAGAAAUGAACGAUGUCCUGUUUCAAGUCUUCUCCUGCACUUUCCUACCCAGCUUAAAUGUGCUUCCAUAAACACAUCAGGACAUUCCACUAAGAGGAAUGUUAAGCUGUCGAAGCAGGUGAUAUAAAUGAAUAUGGCGUCUAGAGAAUCUUUAAGUUUUCAGCAAACAUCAUCUGGUACCCUCCACAUGAACACAUCACAUAGACAAACACAGAAACGCAGCAAGGAGAGAACUCACUAUUGCUUAGAGUGUGGAAAGAGUUUUUCUCAACAGUCUCAUCUCAAAAUACACCAGCGCUUUCACACCGGAGAGAGGCCCUAUCACUGCUCAGUGUGUGGAAAGAGUUUUACUGUACAGAGUAAUUACCAACAACACCACCGCAUUCACACAGGAGAGAAGCCGUAUCACUGCUUAGAGUGUGGAAAGAGUUUUAGUCGUCAGAGUAAUCUCCAAGAGCACCAGCGCAUUCACGCUGGGGAGAAGCCAUAUCAGUGCUUUGAGUGUGGAAAGAGUUUUAAUCGUCACAGUCAUCUCCAAAAACACCAGCGCAUUCACACAGGAGAGAAGCCGUAUCACUGCUCAGAAUGUGGGAAGAGUUUUAGUCAUCAGAGUCAUCUUCAACAACACCAGCGCAUUCACACAGGAGAGAAGCCGUAUCACUGUUCAGUGUGUGGGAAGAGUUUUAAUCAACAGGGUCAUCUCCAGGAACACCAGCGCAUUCACACAGGAGAGAAGCCGUAUUACUGCUCAGAUUGUGGGAAGAGUUUUAAUCGACAAAGUAGUUUUCAAGAACACCAGCGCAUUCACACAGGAGAGAAGCCUUAUUACUGCUCAGAGUGUGGGAAGAGUUUCAGGCAUUCAAAAACUAUGACAAAACACAAGUGCACUAAGAGCAUGGUGGAACUGGGCAGUAAUGAGUGUAACCUUAACACAUUCCAGGAGUAAAGGUCUCCAGAGAAUGGUGCUUCCAGCCCAGAUUUCAAAUUGUUUUUAGGGAAAAACCACAUGUUGUUUAACCCUAUUUCUAAAACAUGAGCAUAAAAUAAAAUAUUAUAGCGUCCUCCAUGGGUUCUGUAUUUCAAAGGAAGCUCAAGGGGCGUGGCAUGCAAUAUAACACCUGCACACGCCCCACUUCUUGUUGAAAAAUGGAUAUUUUGUUGUCGUUGUUAUUAAUGUUGUUUGUUAGUUGAUGAUGUAUUCAUGUAUUGGCUGUGUUUCAUUGUGUUCUGUUGUGGGUUACUUAGUGUGAUUCAGUGUUCACCAUCAGUGAGUGUUGUAUGACUUUUGUUGACCUUCCCUGCUAUUUUCCCUGUGAGUGUACAGUUAUUUUAGAAAUCUAAAAGAGCAUAGUUUCCUCUGUUAGAGUUAAAAGCAGUUUUCCUCUCUUGUAUUCUGUGUGCCAAGAAUAAAGCUUUGGUAUGAAUAUGA